AUGAAGACGCCAUUGCGAAUAGCCAUUCUAGAGUGCGAUACUCCACCAGCGGCUAUCGUCGAUGAGUAUGGCCGAUACGAUCGCAUCUUCACUACACUCUUGGAGAGGGCAGCACAGGACCUAGGCUUAUCGCCAAAGCAAGACUUGGAGCUGAGCGCAUUUGACGUGGUCACAGCACAGGAGUAUCCCGACUUGCAGAAUAUAGACGCAGUGUUGAUCUCGGGCUCGAAGCACAAUUCAUUUGAUAACGAUCCAUGGAUCUUGAAGCUUGUGGACUUUACCAAGAAACUACUAGAGCAAGACAGAAUCCGUGUCAUCGGUGUUUGCUUCGGUCACCAGAUCUUGGGAAGGGCGGCAGGAGCGAAAGUCGGCCGCAGCGACGACGGAUGGGAGAUAUCGGUGAUGCCAGUGCAACUUACCGCGAAGGGGAAAGAAAUAUUCCAACAAGACACCUUGGCCAUUCACCAAAUGCAUAAGGAUGUAGUCUUCGAGUAUCCAGAGGGUGUGGAAAAGCUCGGUGGAUCACCACGUUGUCUGGUACAAGGCAUGUACAAGAAGGGCAGGCUCAUCUCCGUGCAAGGGCAUCCGGAAUUCACGGAGCCUAUUGUGUCGUAUUUGGUCAAGAUGAGAGCCGAGCAGGGUAUCUUUGAGGACGAGCAGGCCAAAGAUGCGCUGGAGAGAGUUGGCAAGCACCAUGACGGGGUGGUGAUUGCCAAGGCGUUCCUGAGGUUUUUGAUGGAGGACUGA